UCCAUGUAUAUCUCCCAUGAUUUGCUCAACAAUUCAUACAUAACUGAUCCUUUUCAACAUUUCAAAUAUCAAAGGAUAAAUUCAAACCCUAAAAUUCCCUCUUCUCUUUCUAGAAACUGAAAAAUCAGACAUGAGUACGCCUUAUACGUUGAUGAGAUGUCGGAUGAAAGAUUUGAUUUCGUGUUUCAAAGCUUGUAAAGUUCCGAUCGAGGAAGAAGAAAACGAAUCUGAUUACCAGAAUCCAAAACCAUCGUCAAUAGAUCAUCAUCAGAAUCGCCAAAGAGACAAAGGAGUACUGGAACUCGGAACGACGGCGGAGAAGGGCGGAGUAGUAGUAGUAGGAGGAGGAGAAGAGUCGCCGACAAGCUGGCAAUCGUGUGAAUCUGAAGAAGAUGAAUACAUCGUGUUUUACUUCAGAGAUGACGACGCCGGAGUCGAUGUGAUUGAGGAGAGAGGCUUAGAGAACUCAAUUUCGAGGAAUCAGAACGCCAAUCCCGUCGAUCGUCGGAAGAAACAUGAAACAAGGAGAAUCGAAGUUGAUUCAAAGUCGAUUCCAUCCACAACCAAGGAGAUGAAUGACUGGUCGAAGCAUGAAUCCCAAGAACACAAAGACACAUUGGGGGAAUCGAGUGACUCAUCAAGUACAAGCUCUUUCGCUUUUCCAACUUUGAUUAAUGUUUUGCAGAAUUCAAAGCGAAUGGACUGGUAGCCCUGUGUUGAUGCCAAGACCAGAAGGACACAACAAGACAAGGAGUGUUUGUAUUCAAUGCUGUAAAUUCUAGCUUCUUCAUUUUACUUAUCCAUAUACAGCAUGUUUGACUUUUCAAACUGGUCAAUAUUUCAGAACAAUUGAUCAAAGGAGAGCCAUGGCCAUGGAAUCUUGAAAGAUUUAACAAGCAAUCAAUGGUAUUCAGAUGUUGUUGAAGCCUAUUUGCUCAUUGUCUUCUAAUGUAAUGGAAAUUUUGGAAACAAUCAUGUUUAUGGUUUAGUUUAUAACUUUAUAUAUACAUUUAAUUAUUUUAUCAUAGUCUUUGUUGAUGUU